AUGGACCUAAUCCCCAUCAAAACGCCACCGAUUUCGCAUAUUUCAAAAGUUGAGGAAGAAGGAUAUUGCAAAUCAAGUUAUCCGGAAUCCGAGCGAGAAAUUCGCGAAACAUCGUGAGUUUUUAAAAAUAUUUUUUGGAUAAUGAAUCAAUAUUUUGAUUUUUUAGGUAUGAAUCAAUCUAUACUGUUGAACAUUCCAUGGCUGGAAAUCGGCAAGAUUUCGCCCCGUUUGUUGAUUCGUCAAAGUUCACCAAAAUUGAAACACACCGUGCUGGUUCCAAUCUGGGAUGCAAAAAUCCGAUGUCGAACCAGAAAAAUUGAAUGUGAGUUUUAUUAUUUCAUUUUUUUUUUGAAAAAAUCAAACCAAGUUUUCAGGAAGUUCAUCUGUAGUUCAAUUUGUGUGCUCUCAUUUUUGGUCAUCCCCUUUUGCAGUUUCCAAAAUUGAGGAUGGAAGAUGAAAUCAAUUGAGUUAUCCGAAGUCUGAGUGAGGAAUUUGCGAAAAAUCGUCAGUUUUUUAAAAGGAUUUUUGGAAAAUGAAAUAAUUUAUCUUUUUUCAGAUAUGAAUGAAUUCUCCGUGCUCUCGAUCAGUUCAUGGCUGGACAUUGGCAAGACAUUUGUUGAUUCAUUUGUUCAAAACCGCUGAAACUUCGCAAAGUCGCCGAAAUUGAGAAGCCAUUCUGGUUCCAAAUCUGGGAUGAAAAUCCGAUGUCGAACCAGAACAAUUGAAUGUAAGUUUAUUUAUUCAUUGUUUCUUAGAAUAAAAUCAAAACAAGUUUUCAGGAAGUUAACCAGUAAUUCAAUUUGUGUGCUUCAAUUUUUGGCCAUAUCGCUAUAAAUGUGUUAAGCUCUCGAAUGGCUAGAGAAUGACAAGAUUCAUUUCCGUUUGUUCAAUUAUUGGUUCAACACCACCGAAACUUUGCCAAUUCACCGAAAUUGAAACACCGUGCUGGAUGGAAAAUGAUUUUUUUUUGUAGUUGGAAAUCCGAUGUCCAACCGGAAAAAUUGAAUGUGAGUUUAUUUUUUCAUUUUUUUUUGUUUGAAAAAAAAAAUCAAACUAAGUUUUCAGGAAAUUGUGAAACACUUCCUGUACCUUCAACAUAUGAUUUUCCGAUUCCAAAACGGCCGCAAAUUUGCCAAGUUUACCGAAAUUGAAACACCAUUCUGGUUCCAAUCUGGGAUGAAAGUCCGAUGUCGAACCAGAACAAUUGAAUGUAAGUUUAUUAUUUUCAUUGGUUCUUAAAAUCAAAUCAAAUUUGCAGGAAUUAACCAGUAGUUCAAUUGUGUGCUUCAAUUUUUGGUCAUCUCGCAAUUUUCAAAAUGGAGGACAGAAGAUGAAAUCAACAAAGUAAUCCGAAGUCCGAAUGAGGAAUUUGCGAAAAAGUGUGAGUUUUUAAAAAGAUUUUCGGAAAAUGAAUAUAAUUUAUUGAUUUUUCAGGUGUGAAUAAAUUCGCUAUGCUCUCGAAUGGCUGGAGAAUGGCAAGAUUUCGCCCCUAUAGUUUCAUUUAUUCAAAACCGCCGCAAUUGUUUGGUUCAACACCGCCGCCAAGUUCACCAAAAUUGAAACACCGUGCUGGUUCAACUCAAGGAUGGAAAUUGAAGUUUUUGUAGUUGGAAAUCCGAUGCCGAACCAGAAAAAUUGAAUGUGAGUUUAUCUUUUCAUUUUUUUUUUGAAAAAAAUUAAAUCAAGUUUUCAGGAAUUCAUCAAUAAUUCAAUUUUCGCGGCUUCAAUUCUGAUUGAACGAAUCAAUGAGAAGGUUCUUAAACUUUGGGAUUUUCUACAAAUCACGAUUCAGCACAAGAUAAUUAUAUUCGUCGAAGUUGGGAAGAACCUGAUGUUCCGGAAAUCACACGGUUUUAAAUGGUCCAAAAACCUUUUGCAGUUUCCAAAAUUGAGGAUGAAAGAAAUCAAUGUCCGAGUGGGGAAAUUGUGAAAAAUUGUGAGUUUUUUAAAAAGAUUUUUGGAGAAUGGAAUUAAUAUUUCGAUUUUUCAGGUGUGAAACACUUCCUGUACCCUCAUCAUAUGAUUUUCCGGUUCAAAACCGCUGAAACUUCGCAAAGUCGCCGAAAUUGA